UCACCUGAUCACUAAUCGUAGGCCAGCUUUUAUAUCCUUGAGACAACGCAGUCUCCCUUAUGACUGUCACCGUGCCAUAAAAACCAGUUACUGCAAGAAACGUUUCUGCAGUUCACUGUGACAAUCUUUUCUCGGUUCAUGCGAAUAGACUCUAGCAAUACGUUCUCUCGGAGUCUUCAAAACGGUGAAUACCAUUUCUCAUGAGCUUUUCAUGUUUCGUACGUUUGAACCUAUAAGAAAUUGGUUUAGAAGCUUCGUUUGAUUGUACGCUUAUACUGGUGGAGCUAUAGAUAUGCUUGAAAGUCGCCCGAGAAUUCCGGUUGGCUACUGAGUAGACGUGAAACGCCCGAAUGGCAUUUCAUUGUAUACUCUAGGAGACCUCUGUUAUCCUGCGUCCAAUUUUGGCCAAGAGGUAGUGUGAGAAUGAGAUAUGAUGAAGCUGACACCCUGGUGUGUGUUCAGGCUGACUUUUUCUGCUGUAUACAUCUUCAUUUUCUAUAACAGCGCUACACCAACCAUAGUUCAGCUAGAAGCCGUGAACCUUAACACUACAGAAAGUAAUGCUCGCGUUCCUGAAUGCACGGCUAUUGUUCAAAAUUCUGAGAACACUUCUUCGGUUCAGAUGCAAGAAAUGGUCACAAAAACUGUAUGCGAGUCCGUUCGUAACAUUUUUUUCCUUAGAAUGUACAGGACCGGCAGCUCUACUGUGGUUAACAUUCUACUCAGAUUUGCAGAGGAACGUAAUUUGACCGUGGCGGUUCCGCGAGCGCCAAUUAACCUUAUGGGGUGUCCAAUACCGUUCAAGGAACGCUUCAUGUUGAAUUACUCUAUACUGAUGUAGAAUCAAUCGCCGGCCCGAAAUAUUCGCAGUGCAGACGCGAUUCAACAUCAGAGAGGUGCGACGAGUAAUGCCACCUACAACUAAGUUUAUCACUAUUCUUCGCCACCCGCUAUUCGCGUGGACGAGUGGAUAUGAAA